AUGCAACAGCCUGAACAAACCGAAAAUCGGCCAGAUCAAGCUCCCGAAACUCCAAUCAAUGCUCAAAUUUCGGAUAAAACAACAUCAAAACCAUCAAACAAAAAGAGAAAUUUCACAACUGCGAUGUCUCAAGAGCAAGUGAAAGAGGCCCUUGCUAGGAUCUUCUCUUCGUAUUACGAACGUGACAAUCUCAAUGAAGCAGCGAUUUCGGAUAAUUUGUCUGUCAGAAAAUUACGUGUCAUUAUUCACACACUAAGACUUUCCAACGUUGUAGAAACUAGCGUGAGGAAGCCAUACUUGUGUGAAUUAUUGAUAAAAUUCUUGCAAUCAGAUUUAAUGAUCCUAAAGUACAAAAAAUACAGUGAAGAGAAAGAAAGAAGUGCUAAAAGAAGAGCAGAGAAGAAAUUAGAAAUGGAGCAUCAACGCGAAGCUCAGCAACCAAAAGAAAAUCACACUGACACAAAAGCGAACGAUUCAACGACUUCGAUUCGUACAAGAUCACACCAGCAUACUGUAGAACCAGAAAUGGAAAAACAGCAAGUGAAUGAAAAUGCUCAAGAGCAAAAAAGUAUUGCCCCACAAAAAAUUGAAACAGAAACUUCUAUCCAGUUUACAACUGUGCCUCAAACACUAAUGAAUGCAUCACAUGCUAUACUCGCACUACAAAAAUUGAAUAAAGUUAUUUGGACGUUGUCCGAUAAAAUAACUGAGCUUGAAAAAGCAAUCUCAAUUCUUGUUGUACGUAUAUCGGAAGCUGAACAAAUGUAUGGGUUAUAA